UCCUGGUGUGUCUGAUGAUAACUACUGUAUACUUAUAUAUAAUAAGUACUUCUUAGUAAGUCCAGACAUUUCUAUAAUCCAUGAAUCUCCUAAGUGACUUUACCCUCAGGAAAAUGCAUGCAAUUUUUAUCUACCUUUGGACACUGCUAUUUUAGGAUCCUGUAUGAGAGCAUCUCCUUGGUUUCUCUAUUUCAUGUGUAUUUACACUAAGGAGAAAUUGUGGCUAUGUAGCAGUUUGUAAUAUGUUCAUCAAGUUUGUCUUAUGAGAAUAGAGCAUUUUCUAUUUGAUUCUAUGAGGGUAUGUUGAAAGCUCUUCAUCUAGAAAAACAACAAGUGUUUUUCCCAAUUAUCCAGCAUUUUUAGAUGCAGGGAGUCAAUUACUGUAUAUUUCCAUUUAAGUUCUUCUUUAUGGAUUUUAAAAUAAUAUAAACUUAUAUUCUUUGUGCCACAUUCAAACAGUUAAAAUAUUGUAGUGCUUUACUUAGAUAUUUCCAUAUCCAGUCUGAGGCUGCUUUAUCACUGUGAGCUGCUCCAGGUUAAGAAACCUGUUUCUAUAUAACCUAUAGCCCUAUAGUGAGGGGCUGUGUGAAUGAAGAGUGGCAAUUUAAUGAUUUUUGAAUGUGACUCAGUGGACAAUUGUGUUUCUAUAAAGCAGUUUCACCGGUUCUAUGGUAUGGACAGUGCUAGCAAUUAAAUUGCCAUUUAUUUGUAAAUGAAAACUGUGCAUUUUGUGAUUCCCCACAAUGGAAGAGGAAGACUGUUAGAAGGGGCCUCAUUAAUAUUAAUAAUCAUCUUAAACUAGAAGCAGAAUAAUUGACUGAUAAUGAAUUAAGCUUAGUCUCAACAAGAACAAGGUCAAGUUUGUCAGUUAAUGAUUUUCUCUUAAUCUAGGCUAGCAUAAAUAUUUUAACUUCUUGAUGGUAUCCUAUUAAGUUGUAAAUAGGCAUAUAAGAAGAUAUUUUAUAUUUAAUAAUUUUGAUUUUCAUGUGUCAAUAUCCUGUAAUUCCUAAAGAACAUUGUUGAUGUGAAAGCAUGCAUCCUAAAAGAAUAGAGUUAAUUUCAAGACCAAAUAAAAAGUAAACUCUCUUCUCUGCAUUGCAGGGAGAAUCGGGAAGAAAAUUCCAUAUAAUACCUAAGAAGAUCCAAAAUAUUUUUAGAAAAUCUGGAGUUUAUGUGUCUUCUCGGGUAGACCCAAUUCUUGAAGUAUGGGAAGAAAAUACAUCUGCAACAGUAAUCCCCACUGAUGAUGAAAAAUAUAAAACAGAUAAUUUCUAUGCGGUGUCUUCUGAGCAUAGAAAUUCUAUUCCUAAGGCUACUGCUGAUCGUGAAGCUUCCACCUCUACUGCUGACAGCCUGGAUGCUGCCGAGCCUGACCCAACAAAUUCUACAAAUGCUACUGACUGUCUGGCUGCUCUUGAGCGUGAGCUGACUAAUUCCAACAACACUGCUGACUGUCUGGCUGACCUUGAGCCUGAUCCGACGAUUUCUACCAAUGCCGCUGACUUUCAGGCUGCUGUUGCACCAGAGCCAACUAUGUCCACCCACCCUGCUGACUGUCUGCCUGAUGUGGAACCAGAGCCAACUAUGUCCACCCACCCUGCUGACACUCUGGCUGCUCUUGAGCCUGAGCUGACUACUUUCAACAACACUGCUGACUGUCUGGCUGACCUUGAGCCUGAUCCGACGAUUUCUACCAAUGCCGCUGACUUUCAGGCUGCUGUUGCACCAGAGCCUGCUAUGUCCACCAACCCUGCUGACAGUAUGGCAGCUGUUGAGCCUGAUCCGACUAUGUCCACCCACCCUGCUGACAUUCUGACUGCUGAUGAGCCUGAACAUAAUAAUUCUACCAAAGCUGCUGACUGUCUGGCUGACUUUGAGCCUGAGCCAAACAUGUCCACCCACCCUGCUGACAGUCUGCCUGAUGUGGAACCAGAGCCAACUAUGUCCACUCACCCUGCUGACACUCUGGCUGCUCUUGAGCCUGAGCUGACCAAUUUCAACAACACUGCUGACUGUCUGGCUGACCUUGAGCCUGAUCCGACUAUUUCUACCAAUGCCGCUGACUUUCAGGCUGCUGUUGCACCAGAGCCAGCUAUGUCCACCCACCCUGCUGACUGUCUGCCUGAUGUGGAACCAGAGCCAACUAUGUCCACCCACCCUGCUGACACUCUGGCUGCUCUUGAGCCUGAGCUGACUAAUUCCAACAACACUGCUGACUGUCUGGCUGACCUUGAGCCUGAUCCGACGAUUUCUACCAAUGCCGCUGACUUUCAGGCUGCUGUUGCACCAGAGCCUGCUAUGUCCACCUACCCUGCUGACUGUCUGCCAGAUGUGGAACCAGAGCCAACUAUGUCCACCCACCCUGCUGACACUCUGGCUGCUCUUGAGCCUGAGCUGACUAAUUCCAACAACACUGCUGACUGUCUGGCUGACCUUGAGCCUGAUCCGACGAUUUCUACCAAUGCCGCUGACUUUCAGGCUGCUGUUGCACCAGAGCCUGCUAUGUCCACCAACCCUGCUGACAGUAUGGCAGCUGUUGAGCCUGAGCCGACUAUGUCCACCCACCCUGCUGACAUUCUGACUGCUGAUGAGCCUGAACAUAAUAAUUCUACCAAAGCUGCUGACUGUCUGGCUGACCUUGAGCCUGAGCCAAACAUGUCCACCCACCAUGCUGACAGUCUGCCUGAUGUGGAACCAGAGCCAACUAUGUCCACCCACCCUGCUGACACUCUGGCUGCUCUUGAGCCUGAGCUGACCAAUUUCAACAACACUGCUGACUGUCUGGCUGACCUUGAGCCUGAUCCGACUAUUUCUACCAAUGCCGCUGACUUUCAGACUGCUGUUGCACCAGAGCCAACUAUGUCCACCCACCCUGCUGACUGUCUGCCUGAUGUGGAACCAGAGCCAACUAUGUCCACCCACCCUGCUGACACUCUGGCUGCUCUUGAGCCUGAGCUGACUAAUUCCAACAACACUGCUGACUGUCUGGCUGACCUUGAGCCUGAUCCGACUAUUUCUACCAAUGCCGCUGACUGUCGGGCUGCUGUUGCACCAGAGCCCGCUAUGUCCACCAACCCUGCUGACAGUAUGGCAGCUGUUGAGCCUGAGCCGACUAUGUCCACUCACCCUGCUGACAUUCUGACUGCUGACGAGCCUGAACAUAAUACUUCUACCAAAGGCGCUGACUGUCUGGCUGACCUUGAGCCUGAGCCAAACAUGUCCACCCACCCUGCUGACAGUCUGCCUGAUGUGGAACCAGAGCCAACUAUGUCCAAUCACCCUGCUGACACACUGGCUGCUCUUGAGCCUGAGUCGACUAAAUCCUCCAAUGCUGCUGACUGUCUGGCCUAUGUUGAGCCAGAGCCAGCUAUGUCCACCCACCAUGCCGACAGUCUGGCUGCUCUUGAGCAUGAGCUGUCUCAUGCCAACAAAGAUGCUGACUGUCUGGCUUCUCUCAAGGCUGAGCUGAUUAAUUCCACCAAUGCUACUGAUUGUCUGGCUUCUGUUGGGACUGAGACAACCAUGUCCACCCAGCCUACUGACAAUUUGGCAGCUGUUGAGCCUGAACAUAAUUCCACCAAUACUGCUGACCUUAAGGACUCUGUUGAACAAGAGCCAUCUAAGCCCACCUACCGUGCCGACAGCCUGGCUGCUCUUGAGCAUGAGCUGACUAAUUCCAACAACACUGCUGACUGUCUGGCUUCUCAGAAGGCUGAGUCAAUUGAUUCUACCAAUGCUACUGAUUGUUUGGCUUCUGUUGGGACUGAGACAACUAUGUCCACCCACCCGGCUGACAAUAUGGCUACUGAUGAGCUUGAGGCUACACAUUCCACCAAUGCUGCUUACUUUCUGGCGGCUCUUGAGCCCCAGUCGACUAAUUCCUCCAAUGCUGCUGAUAUUCUGGCUUCUGUUGGGUCUGAGACAACCAUGUCUACCCACCUUGCUGAUAUUCCUAUUGCUCAUGAGCCUGACUAUAAUGAUUCUACCAAUGCUGCUGACAGUCUGGACUCCGUUGAGCCAGAGCCAGCUAUGUCCACCCACCGUGCCGACAGUCUGGCUGCUCUUGAGCAUGAGCUGUCUCAUGCCAACAAAGCUGCUGACUGUCUGGCUUCUCUCAAGGCUGAGCCAACCAUGUCCACCCAGCCUGCUGACAGUUCGGCAGCUGUUGAGCCUGAGCCUACAAUUUCCACCAGAGCUGCUGAUUUUCUGGCUACUGUUCUGCCAGAGCUAACUAGGUCAAACCACCCUGCUGACUGUCUGGACUCUGUUCAGCCUGAGUCAUCUAUGUCCACACACCCUGCUGAUAAUAUGGCUACUGAUGAGCUUGAGCCUACAAAUUCGACCAACGCUGCUUACUGUCUGGCUGCUCUUGAGCCUAAGUCGACUAAAUCCUCCAAUUCUGCUGACUGUCUGGCCUAUGUUGAGCCAGAGCCAGGUAUGUCCACCCACCUUGCCGACAGUCUGGCUGCUCUUGAGCAUGAGCUGUCUCAUGCCAACAAAGAUGCUGACUGCCUGCCUUCUCUCAAGACUGAGCUGAUUAAUUCCAUCAAUGCUACUGAUUGUCUGGCUUCUUUUGGGACUGAGACAACCAUGUCCACCCAGCCUACUGACAGUGUGGCAGCUGUUGAGCCUGAACAUAAUAGUUCCACCAAUGCUGCUGAUGGUCUGGGCUCUGUUGAACAAGAGCCAGCUAAUCCCACCCACCGUUCCAACAGUCUGGCUGCUCUUGAGCAUGAGCUGACUAAUUCCAACAACACUGCUGACUGUCUGGCUUCUCAGAAGGCUGAGUCAAUUGAUUCUACCAAUGCUACUGAUUGUUUGGCUUCUGUUGGGACUGAGACAACUAUGUCCACCCACCCUGCUGACAAUAUGGCUAUGGAUGAGCUUGAGCCUACACAUUCCACCAAUGCUGCUUACUUUCUGGCCGCUCUUGAGCCCCAGUCGACUAAUUCCUCCAAUACUGCUGAUAUUCUGGCUUCUGUUGGGUCUGAGACAACCAUGUCUACCCACCUUGCUGAUAUUCCUAUUGCUCAUGAGCCUGACUAUAAUGAUUCUACCAAUGCUGCUGACAGUCUGGACUCCGUUGAGCCAGAGCCAGCUAUGUCCACCCACCAUGCCGACAGUCUGGCUGCUCUUGAGCAUGAGCUGUCUCAUGCCAACAAAGCUGCUGACUGUCUGGCUUCUCUCAAGGCUGAGCCAACCAUGUCCACCCAGCCUGCUGACAGUUCGGCAGCUGUUGAGCCUGAGCCUACAAUUUCCACCAGAGCUGCUGAUUUUCUGGCUACUGUUCUGCCAGAGCUAACUAGGUCAAACCACCCUGCUGACUGUCUGGACUCUGUUCAGCCUGAGUCAUCUAUGUCCACACACCCUGCUGAUAAUAUGGCUACUGAUGAGCUUGAGCCUACAAAUUCGACCAACGCUGCUUACUGUCUGGCUGCUCUUGAGCCUAAGUCGACUAAAUCCUCCAAUUCUGCUGACUGUCUGGCCUAUGUUGAGCCAGAGCCAGGUAUGUCCACCCACCGUGCCGACAGUCUGGCUGCUCUUGAGCAUGAGCUGUCUCAUGUCAACAAAGAUGCUGACUGUCUGGCUUCUCUCAAGGCUGAGCUGAUUAAUUCCAUCAAUGCUACUGAUUGUCUGGCUUCUGUUGGGACUGAGACAACCAUGUCCACCCAGCCUACUGACAGUUUGGCAGCUGUUGAGCCUGAACAUAAUUCCACCAAUGCUGCUGACGGUCUGGACUCUGUUGAACAAGAGCCAGCUAAGCCCACCCACCGUGCCGACAGUCUGGCUGCUCUUGAGCAUGAGCUGACUAAUUCCAACAACACUGCUGACUGUCUGGCUUCUCAGAAGGCUGAGUCAAUUGAUUCUACCAAUGCUUCUGAUUGUUUGGCUUCUGUUGGGACUGAGACAACUAUGUCCACCCACCCUGCUGACAAUAUGGCUACUGAUGAGCUUGAGCCUACACAUUCCACCAAUGCUGCUUACUGUCUGGCUGCUCUUGAGCCUGAGUCGACUAAAUCCUCCAGUGCUGCUGACUGCCUGGCCUAUGUUGAGCCAGAGCCAGCUAUGUCCACCCACCGUGCCGACAGUCUGGCUGCUCUUGAGCAUGAGCUGUCUCAUGCCAACAAAGAUGCUGGCUGUCUGGCUUCUGUCAAGGCUGAGCUGAUUAAUUCCACCAAUGCUACUGAUUGUCUGGCUUCUGUUGGGACUGAGACAACCAUGUCCACCCAGCCUGCUGACAGUUUGGCAGCUGUUGAGCCUGAACAUAAUAAUUCUACCAAUGCUGCUGACGGUCUGGACUCUAUUGAACAAGAGCCAGCUAUGCCCACCCCCCGUUCCGACAGUCUGGCUGCUCUUGAGCAUGAGCUGUCUCAUGCCAAUAAAGCUGCUGACUGUCUGGCUUCUCUCAAGGCUGAGCCAACCAUGUCCACCCAGCCUGCUGACACUUUGGCAUCUGUUGAGCCUGAGCCUACUUUUUCCACCAAAGCUGCUGAUUGUCUGGCUACUGUUCAGCCUGAGCUAACUAGGUCAAACCACCCUGCUGAAUGUCUGGAUUCUGUUCAACCUGAGUCAUCUAUGUCCCCACACCCUGCUGACAGUUUGGUAGCUAUUGAGCCUGAACUGACUAAUUCCACCAAAGCUGCUGACUGUCUGGACUCUGCUGAGCCAGAGCCAACUAUGGCCACCCACCAUGCUGACAUUCUGACUGCUGUUGAGCCUGAACAUACUAAUUGCUCCAGUACUGCUGACUGUCUGCCUGCUGUUCAGCCUGAGUCCAGUAUGUCCACCCACCCUGCUGACAGUAUGGCUGCUAUUGAUGCUGAGCCUACAGAUCCUGCCAUUGUUGCUGACUGUCUGGCUGCUCUUGAACCUCGGCUGUCUGUUACAUGUGCUGCUGACAGUAGUGUGUUAGUUGAGAGUCAUGACUCAGGACCAGCUAGUCACAUUGGAUUGGAUUAUGUAGUUGAUUUACCUCUUUACAAGGAGAGUACAAGGUACAAACCCCAUGCUGACCCAGAGCCCACUCCUGGUUCCUGCACUUGUUAUUCCCUUGACUCCAUUCAAAUGACUAACCUGACUCUUUUGAUAUCCCUUAGUGAAGAAGAAAUAUUUGAUUCUGCUACUUCAGAUGAGGAAUCUUCUUUUACUCCUGACGUAGAAGAAGGUCUGCCUGCUACUCAGGGUGCUGAGGAUAUUUUUCAUGCUUCCGCACGAGCUGAACCAAUAAACCACAGCUUGAUCCUUCUCAGGGAGAGUGGAUAUCUUCGGGCAACAGAGAUACCACGCAUACCUUUUUUGCUCUUCAUAUGGCUUAUAUCCUCACUCUUAUCCAUCAUAACAUGGAUGAAAAUCCAAAUUCAACAAGCAUGGCAUGAAGAAAAUGGCCAAGGAGCUCCCACUAAGAAGAGAGUCGGACCAGGUAAGUUAAACUAAAAUAGUAGCUUAAAAUAGAUUAAGAUUGUUUUACUAGAAACCUAGGUCUCUUUUGUUAAUAAAUUUCAUACUUCUAUAGGGCUAUUUACGCAUAACCUAGAACCUGAAAACUUUAUUUUUUCUCAAUUUAUAGAAAAUAAUUUUCAUAAUGUAACAAAUCCAGUUUAGAGAAAUACAACUGACCAGGUAAUAUUUUUUCCUACUUGGAUGUUUCCUAUUCUAGAAUGAGGAGAUUAUUGUCACUUCCAGUGAAAACAUGUGUUUCCUGAAUGACUAAGCCGGGAAAACUUCCUGUUAAAUGUUAUUGUCUAUUUAUCGCUGUCAUUCUGAACUCUGACUUCUGAAGUUAGCAUAGCCUUUGACCGCAACAUUCCAAAAGAAGCAACUUCUGAGAUUAAAAAUAACAAGAGAAGCAUCCACCUUCUCACUGUUUCUCUCUACACUGAUAUGUCUACAUUGAUAUCUACAUGAUAAUGACACUGAUGUUGUUGAUGCUGGGCAUGACAAUAUCACCAGAGAUGUGCCUGAUGAUACUGUUAAUAAUUCUUCUUUUUCUUCUAGUGGCUGCGGCUCCUGAUCCCUAGACCCUUGAUGCUCCUCCAGGAUCGAUUGGAAUAUCAAAACACAGUCUGUGUGGGAGAAUUGAUCAUAUAUAUAAAUUUUAAAAUAAAAUGUUCAGUCUGAUUGUAGACUGAAGUAAAAA